AGUCCCCGAGCCCCGGCGCGGCGUGGGAGCGUGCUGCCCGCCGCUCCGCCAGGGGCCGAGCCGAGCCGGGCCGGGACGAACCGGGACGAACCGAGCCGAGCCGAGCCGAGCCGAGCCGAGGCGGGCGGGCCGGGCCGGCGCGGGGAUGGGUGCGGGGCUGUGAGAGCGGCGGAGCCGGGGGCGGCCAUGGGGAACAUCUCCUCCAACAUCUCCGCCUUUCAGUCCCUGCACAUCGUCAUGCUGGGCCUGGACUCGGCGGGGAAGACCACGGUGCUCUACCGGCUGAAGUUCAACGAGUUCGUCAACACGGUGCCCACCAUCGGCUUCAACACGGAGAAGAUCCGCCUGAGCAACGGCACGGCCAAGGGCAUCAGCUGCCACUUCUGGGACGUGGGCGGCCAGGAGAAGCUGCGCCCGCUCUGGAAGUCCUACAGCCGCUGCACCGACGGCAUCAUCUACGUGGUGGACUCGGUGGAUGUGGACCGGCUGGAGGAGGCCAAGACGGAGCUGCACAAGGUGACCAAGUUCGCCGAGAACCAGGGCACGCCGCUGCUGGUCAUUGCCAACAAGCAGGACCUGCCCAAGUCGCUGCCCGUGGCUGAGAUCGAGAAGCAGCUGGCGCUACACGAGCUGACCCCUUCCACCACGUACCACAUCCAGCCGGCCUGCGCCAUCAUCGGCGAGGGGCUGACCGAGGGCAUGGACAAGCUCUACGAGAUGAUCCUCAAGCGGAGGAAGUCCCUCAAGCAGAAGAAGAAGCGGUAGAAGCCCGCAGAUGUGCGGACGGGUGGGAGAGCAAACAAAGGAACGGAGGAGGAGAGAGAACCAAAGCGAUCCUUUUCUCGUUGGUUGUUGGGGUUUCGCCCCCCCCCCCCCUUUUUUUUUUUCCGGUGUGUGUGUGCUUUUAUUUUUAUUUUUUGUCCCUUUCCGAAUGAAACGACUACAAUAGCGGUGACAACAAUGCCACUCCUGCAAGCCAAGCCCAGAUCCUGACUGCAGGAUCUCCUCCUCCUGCUCUCCCCUUUGCCCGCCGCCCUAUCCCCGGCCAUAGGGCAGCAUGGAGCAGGGGUAGGGUGCUGCUCCCAGACCCCUGAGCCCCACAGCUGGGCUGGAGAUGCUCUGAGCGGGGCGAGACGCCGCGGGCGGCCGAGAGCCCACGGAGCUGGGGCAGCCCCCCGGCUCCCCUCCGUCCCUGGGGGUCUGACUGCUGCUGGGGGGGCAAACAUAGGAGUGAACAGGGCAGGACCCUGUGCAAGUGCAUUUGAGAGAGGCCAAAGGUGAGGCUGAAGCUGUGCAAGGUCAGCCGGCGGAGGCUUGGAGCAGCGCAGCGUGGGGGAGACGACCAAGGGAUGAAACGUGACCACUGGGACAGAACCCCAGCAUGGGGACAGAACCCUGCGAAGGGGACAAAACCCUCUGAAGGGGGCAGAAUGUGGCCAAAAGGACAAAAAGAAGGACAGAACCUGGCCAAGGGGGACAGAACAUGGCCAAGAGGACAAAACCCCUCCAAAAGGACAACCCAAACCCUCUGCAGGCUGGUGUUUUAGGAAGCAGAUGAAGAGGACAGACAGCUUUCAUGCAAUGCCGCAGCAGCUGGAGGUGCAUAGCAGCUGGUGACUGGUGCUGAGCUUUAAGCUGUUUGCUUAAAAAAAAGAAUAGAUAAAGGUGGGGGGGGGGGGGGAGGUGAAGUGGCACGGGGUCCAGGAGCCCCCAUUUUCUAAAGCUUGGUUGUGGCAUCUCCUGCAGCAAAGCCACAGCAGGUCUUUAUCGUGCCCAGGCAAAGGCAUGCUCCAAGGUGCUAAUUUGCUCCGAUCGGGGUGAUCCAAAAUAUGGAUUUGGAAAAAAAAAAAAAAAGAAAAAGAAAAAGAAGGUUUGUACACCACA